GUGGUUCCGGUCGGCAUGGCCGCGCUGCAAGCCGCGCCGGUGGAGCUGGGCUUUGCGGAGGAGGCGCCCGCGUGGCGGCUGCGAAGCGAGCAGUUCCCCAGCAAGGUGGGCGGGCGGCCGGCGUGGCUGGGCGCGGCGGGGCUGCCGGGGCCCGGGGCCUUGGCCUGUGCGCUGUGCGGCCGCCCUCUCGCCUUCCUGCUGCAGGUGUACGCGCCGCUUCCCGGCCGCGAUGACGCUUUCCACCGCGGCCUCUUCCUCUUCUGCUGCCGGGAGCCGCCGUGCUGUGCCGGCCUGCGAGUUUUCAGGAAUCAGUUACCCAGGAAAAAUGACUUUUACUCCUAUGAGCCUCCUUCUGAGGGUCCUGGCCCAGGCACAGGAGAGGCUGUGUGUCUCCAGCUGCAGUCAGGUGCCCAUCUCUGCAGGGUGUGUGGGUGUUUAGGCCCCAAAGCUUGCUCCCGCUGCCACAAGGCGCAUUAUUGCAGCAGGGAGCAUCAAAUGCGGGACUGGAGGAUGGGACAUAAGCAGGCUUGUGCGCAACCCGAUCAGUUGGACCAUGUAGUUCCAGACCACAACUUCCUUUUUCCAGAAUUUGAAAUUGUCAUAGAAUCAGAGGAUGAGUUUGUGCCUGAAGUUGUGGAAAAGGAAGAUGACUCUGAGAUUACGGAGAGCAUGGGUGAAGCACUUGAGGAAGAACUGGAUUCCAUGGCAAAGCAUGAAUCUAAGGAAGAUAAAAUUUUCCAGAAGUUUAAAACUCAGAUAGCUGUUGAACCAGAACAGAUUCUCAGAUAUGGCAGAGGUAUCACCCCCAUCUGGAUUUCUGGUAAAAAUAUCCCUCACGCAAAGGAUAUUCCAGAUUGCCCUUGUGGUGCCAAGAGAAUUCUUGAAUUCCAGGUCAUGCCUCAGCUGCUCAACUACCUGAAGGCUGACAGCCUGGGCCACAGUGUCGACUGGGGCAUCCUGGCCAUCUUCACCUGUGCUGAAAGCUGUAGUUUGGGCAGUGGCUAUGCCGAGGAAUUUGUGUGGAAGCAGGACUUCGCGGACACCCCUUAAGGACAUCCCAAAGCCUCACAGGUGUCAACUCAUCUUCUGUAGCUCCCAGCUAGGCAUCGUCUGAAGGAAAGGACUGAACCAGAUCCUCACCUUGCAACUGCCAGGAUCCCAUCUGAGUCUGUGUCCCGGUCGCUCCACUUCCCAUCCAGCUCCCUGCUUGUGGCCUGGGAGAGCAGCAGGGGAUGGCCCAGAGCCUUGGGACCCUGCACCCCUAUGGGAGACUCAGAAGAAGCUUCUGGCUUUGGAUUGGCUCAGCUCCAGCCAUUGCAGCCAUUUGGAGUGUGAACCAGCAAAUGGAAGUUUCAGUAUAACUGAAAGGGAAGACAGAAGAGCUUCCGUGAUAUACAUCUGUUGGACACCAAAUAAGAUAGAGAUCUAAACAGACACCAAGAUUUACCAUUCUGGGCAUUCAUGAUAUUGUAUGUGUGAAAAGUAUAUGUACACAUGGUACAGACAUGUCUGCUCACCAAUGAAUGACAGGCUAAGUGAACUGUUUUUACUUGUGUGCACAUUGACUUCUAUGAUUAAAACAGGUUAUGUCCCUAACAAA